GGCUCGCUUGUCUUAUAUGCGGAUUAAAUACCUCUUUUUCUCAUGGCUGGCAGUGUUCAUAAGCAGUUGGGUCAUAUAUGUACGUUACAACUCGUACACAGAGCUCUGCAGGGGACAUGAGUGCAAAGCUAACAUUUGUGAUAAGUAUAGAAAAGGCAUUAUUGACGGAUCAGCCUGUGAAGGUCUUUGCUCCAAGGAAAAUCUUUAUUUUGGGAAAUGUUUGUCAACCAGACCGAACAAUCAGAAGUAUCUGGGAAUCUGGGGAAAUCUAGAAGGUGUGAUAAAGUGUCAGAUGGAGGAUGCUGAGCAUGUUGAUUUUGGAUCUGAGCUGGAACCUAAGAAGGAAAUUAUACUGUUUGACAAGCCAACAAGAGGAACCACUGUGCAAAAAUUCAAAGAGAUGGUGCAUAGUCUCUUUAAAAAUAAACUAGGUGACCAAGGAAAUCUCAGUGACCUAGUAAACCUAAUCUUAGCAGCAGCAGAUGGUAAUAAAGAUGGACAUGUGUCGCUACCAGAGGCCAAGUCUGCCUGGGCACUUCUACAGCUAAAUGAGUUUCUACUGAUGGUGAUCUUGCAGGACAAGGAGCACACUCCAAAGCUACUCGGCUUCUGUGGUGAUUUGUACAUAACAGAGCGUGUGCAAUACACAUCACUCUAUGGAAUAAGUCUACCAUGGAUCAUCGAAGUAUUUGUUCCACAAGGACUAAGGAAACGCAUGGACCAGUGGUUCACUCCAUCAUGGCCAAGGAAAGCUAAGAUAGUCAUAGGUCUUCUAGAGUUUGUAGAAGACAUUUUCCAUGGACCCUAUGGAAAUUUUCUUAUGUGUGACAUAAGUGCCAAAAACUUUGGUUACAAUGACAAAUAUGACUUGAAAGUGGUUGAUAUGAGAAACAUUGUCGCUGAAAUGAACUUGAAAGAAUUAAUCAAAGACCGACCUUGUGAAGUUGAUGUUGACUGUGUAUAUGGUACUGACUGCAGCACUGUGUGUGACCAAAGCAAAAAGAGAUGCACUGCAGACAUAACCCAACCAAAUUUAGCAAAAAUAUGCCUGUUGGUGAAGGACUACCUGCUUCGAGGUACCCCUUCCGAAAUUCAAGACGAGCUAGAGAAACAGAUCUACUCAUGCAUUGCCCUAAAAGCUGCUACAAAUAACAUGGAGAUGCAACAUUCAUUAAUUUUAAACAAUCUUAAAGCCCUUUUAUGGAAGAAGAUAUCCCAUACUAAUGAUUCGUAA